CUUUUGUUUUGUGCGGUUCUUCCCACUGUGUGGUGGGGUUUCAUAAAUGCCGAUGUUUCUGGUUUCCAAGAGGGAUAUGGUUGCUGGGUUCGACGGUGGUGGCGACGGCCAGAUUCUAGAUCUGGACACCGCCGUCAAAGACGGUGUUUUGGGCGGUGUUGACGGUGGGGUUGUGGGGACUGGGGUGUGUGAGAAAUUGGAUCUGGGGAAGAUGAUUGAAGAGCUGGACUUAUGCGAAGUGCCCAGUGUGUUCAUAUGCCCAAUCUCUCUCGAACCAAUGCAAGACCCUGUGACGCUUUGCACGGGUCAAACCUACGAGAGGUUCAACAUUCUGAAAUGGUUCAACUUGGGGCAUUUCACAUGCCCCACUACGAUGCAAGAGCUUUGGGAUGAUUCCAUCACUCCAAACACCACCCUUUACAGGCUCAUAUACACGUGGUUCUCUCAGAAGUACCUGCUGACGAAGAAGAGGUCAGAGGAUGUGCAGGGAAGGGCUUCGGAACUUCUGGAGACACUGAAGAAGGUGAAGGGUCAAGCUCGAGUUCAGGCCCUCAAGGAACUCCAUCAGGUGGUGGGUGCUCAUGCCACUGCCCGAAAGACAGUGAUUGAUGAAGGUGGAGUCUCUCUUAUGUCUUCUUUACUUGGUCCUUUUACUUCCCAUGCUGUUGGUUCUGAAGUCAUUGGUAUUCUUGUGAGUUUGACACUUGAUUCGGAAUCCAAAAAGAAUCUUAUGCAGCCUGCCAAAAUUUCGUUGAUGGUGGACAUCUUGAACGAGGGUUCAAUUGAGACCAAAAUCAAUUGCACGCGUUUCAUUGAAUCCUUAAUUGAGGAGAAGGAUUUUCGUUCGGAGCUUGUCUCAAGCCAUAGCCUCUUGGUUGGGUUGAUGAGGCUUGUUAAGGAUAAAAGACACAGUAACGGAAUCUGUCCUGGGCUAAGUCUCCUCAGAACAAUAUGCUUGCAUAAAGAAGUUAGGAAUUUGCUAGUGAGCAUUGGGGCUGUUUCACAAUUGGUUGAAUUGUUAUCUGGUAUGGACCCUGAUUGUUUGGAAUUAGCCCUUUGUGUUUUAGAUGCGUUGGCAUCAAUACCUGAAGGCAGAGUGGCUUUGAAAGGUUGCUCUAACACCAUACCCAUCAUGGUGAAACUGUUGAUGAGGAUCUCAGAGAACUGCACCCAGUAUGCAUUGUCAAUCCUAUGGUCUGUGUGCAAGCUUGCGCCUGAGGAAUGCUCAUCAAUUGCCGUGGAUGCAGGGCUUGCUGCAAAACUUCUUCUUGUGAUUCAAAGUGGUUGCAAUCCUAUAUUGAAACAACAAUCCGCCGAGCUAUUGAAGCUGUGUAGUUUAAAUUAUUCAGAUACCAUCUUCAUUUCCAAGUGCAAGCUUACCAGAACCAUCCAAUGACCGUGGGGUGGUGUCAACAACUUGUAAAUUUGCGGGGCAAGAUUAGUAAUGGUCAGCGGCUUCUCAGACCAUCGAACUCUAAAACCGAAGAGGUGACAUUGAUGGGAUUGAGGUGCAAGUCUCUCCUGUACAUACCUUUAGUAUUUUGAUUCCAACAAUUGAUUUGAAUGAAGAAUCGUAAUGUGGACAUUGACACACCCUUGAUUGAGUGCGUUUACCUCUACGGGUUAUUUUUUGUCCAAUGUUUUUUAAAUAAACCCCAUCAAGAAGAUACUGGAAUUUUUUUAUACUGCUUUGGGGUAUUAUGGAUGUAAAAGUCAUGCUGUUGUUGGAUAAAGAUACUUAGGAGAGUGAUCACAUAGCGAAGAUGGAGCUUGCAGUUUCAAUUGUAAUUGUUGAGGAGUUGCUUUGCUCCAUGCUUUACUUUUAUUUUAUCUUCUUCCUCUUAGAGGCCUCCAAUUUUCCAUUAAAAAUACUGGGAAUUUUGCUUUUGAUCUCAAACGUGUAGAGAUGGGAGAGCCUGUUACCGUCAAUUUUUAUAUGUACAAUGGAAACAACCAUUUCAUUUUUCAUUUAUUAUUCUGC